UGUAACCAGCCUAGUUAAUAAAAGCAGCUGAAGUGGAGAGAGACAGAGAGACGAGAGGGCAGCGGGGAGAGCGAGAGAGUUGACAAAUGGACAGAGCAAGAUGAAGCUGGACAAGCAGUUUGUAUCCAAUGUAAAGAAAGCCAUUCGAAUCCAAAACGAAUACCUGCGAGAGGCUCUGGCUGAGAUACUCAGCACCUUUGUCAUGAUGGUUUUCGGUCUGGGCUCGGUAGCCCAGGUGGUCAUGGGAGGUGGUUCCUAUGGUGACUACUUCAGUAUAAAUUUGGGCUUCGGCCUUGGGGUCACCAUGGGUAUUCACAUCGCUGGGGGCGUCUCAGGAGCUCAUAUGAACACUGCAGUCACCUUCUCCAUGUGUGUUCUGGGGAGCCUGAGCUGGAGGAAGCUGCCGGUCUACGCUGCUGCCCAGUUCCUCGGCUCCUUUAUGGCUGCGGUCACCGUCUUCUGGGUCUACUAUGAUGCUCUGUUUGAGUUCUGCGGAGGGAACUUCACAGUGACGGGCCCGAGAGCAACUGCUGGGAUCUUCGCUACCUACCCGGCACCAUACCUGUCAGUGGGAGGAGGCUUUCUGGACCAGGUGCUGGGCACUGCCAUGCUGCUGCUGUGUAUCCUGGCGCUGAAUGACCACAGGAACAGCCCGGCGCUCAGCGGCACGCAGCCUGUGCUCAUCGGCCUCCUGGUGGUGGUGAUUGGCAUCUCUCUGGGCAGCAACAGCGGGUACGCCAUCAACCCCGCCCGUGACCUGCCCCCGCGCUUCUUCACCUCCAUGGCAGGCUGGGGUCCUGACGUCUUCAGUGCUGGUAAUGGCUGGUGGUGGAUCCCUGUGGUGGCACCCAUGGUUGGCAGUGUGACUGGCUCUCUGCUUUACAAACUCUUCAUCGAGUAUCACCAUCCAUCUGAGAUGCAUCUAGAGGAGGGGCUGGGGGGAGUCUGCUCUGAUCAAAAACACUGCUUCCGCUUUUAACACACCCCUGUGCGGGAACUGUGCGAGAGACACUGGCCCCUCCAAGUUCACUUUUCUUAAAUAUAUAUGCACCAGGGAUGGUAGUCUCUGAUAACCAAAAAAACCAUCAAUUAGAAGCUCUUCAUUAUAGUGUUGCUACUUUUUUUUAUGAUAGACUACUACAUAAAUUUGUUUCAGACUACAUGCACACAACAUUUACGUUUGCAUGGAAAAGACUUUGAAUGAAUAACCUUACACUGCACACAAUAUACUUUAUAAACACUACAGCUGACCUCUAUUUGACAUGCAUAUCUUUUACAAUGCUUAAACGUUGAGGAAAAUUCUUAAAGGGUCAUCCAAAAUGAUCAUCAAACACAACAAGUGUACACAGCAUGUUCUUUUCAAGACAACCACCACCCCCGCAAAGUGUAGAUAAAAAAGAUGAUAUCCAAAGCAGGCCCUAGAUUUUCAAAAUAAAAUGUAAUUUCUCAUAGUGAAAGUGAAAAUAUACACCUUUGACUGCUAUAUUGUAUCCUAUACUGUGCACAAACAUAUAAGAAUUCAGGUCAUUCUGAUACCCUUCCCAACGUAUGCUUUCAGAAAAUGCUGAUCAUUUUGGACUAACCCAUGUGACAUGUUUAAACUCUGAACUAAUAACAUCCAUAAUAUUCAAGCACACAGCAGGUCUGGGUAGGGUUGGAGAGGUUAAGAGUUUUAGAAGUUAACGAUCAUGUUUUCUUGUAAAUAAAUUAAUUUUUAACA